CGGAGCCGGCGUCCCGGUGCCGCAGCACUUUAGCAGCGGAAGCGGCUGCUGUUGAGUACGUGACGGCUGGGGUCUGGCACGGGCGUGCUGGGACUCCGAGAUAGGCUCAGUGAGGCUGGCAGCGGUCCACGGGCGCGGGCGCAGGCGGCUCUGAGACCUCAGGACAAGAUGCGAGCCACAUCUCUGGCUGCUUCUGCCGAUGUUCCCUGCAGGAAGAAACCGUUGGAGUUUGAUGACAACAUUGAUGUCGAGUGUCCAGUCUUAAAACGAGUGAGAGAUGAGCCUGAGCCUGGACCAACCCCCAGCCUACCUCCCGCCUCAGACUUGUCACCUGCUGUGGCCCCUGCAACCCGGCUGGGGCCCUAUAUCCUUUUGGAACGAGAGCAAGGCAACUGCACCUAUCGGGCCCUGCACUGCCCCACAGGCACAGAGUACACCUGCAAGGUGUAUCCCGCCAGCGAGGCCCAGGCGGUGCUGGCACCGUAUGCAAGACUGCCUACCCACCAGCACGUGGCCCGUCCCACAGAGGUCCUGCUGGGCUCUCAGCUCCUAUACACCUUUUUCACGAAGACCCAUGGGGACUUGCACAGUCUGGUGCGCAGCCGCCGCGGUAUCCCCGAGCCCGAGGCUGCCGCGCUUUUCCGACAGAUGGCUAGUGCGGUGGCACACUGCCACAAGCACGGGCUCAUCUUGCGCGACCUCAAGUUGCGUCGAUUUGUCUUCAGCAACUGUGAGAGGACGAAGUUGGUGCUGGAGAACCUGGAGGAUGCCUGUGUGAUGACUGGACCAGACGACUCUCUGUGGGACAAGCACGCGUGCCCUGCCUAUGUGGGACCAGAGAUACUCAGCUCCCGGCCAUCCUACUCCGGCAGAGCGGCUGAUGUCUGGAGCCUGGGCGUGGCGCUCUUCACCAUGCUGGCUGGCCGAUACCCGUUCCAGGACUCUGAACCAGCCCUGCUCUUUGGCAAGAUCCGUAGAGGGACCUUUGCCCUGCCUGAGGGCCUAUCAGCCUCUGCUCGAUGCCUCAUCCGCUGUCUCCUCCGCAGGGAGCCUUCAGAGCGACUUGUGGCCCUGGGAAUCCUGCUACAUCCCUGGUUGAGGGAGGAUUGCAGCCAAGUCUCUCCUCCACGGUCUGACCGAAGGGAGAUGGACCAGGUUGUCCCAGAUGGGCCACAGCUGGAGGAGGCAGAGGAAGGGGAGGUGGGGCUGUAUGGCUAGAGCCACCUUAACUGGCCCUUCAGCUCCAAGGUGUGAGUUGAGUACUGGUGUCUCAGCUUUCGCCUGCCUUUUUGGGCCAAGCUAAACUGUAAGUGCCUUUCUGGAGGAAGAAACAGCCAUUGUGCUUCAUGCAUUCCUGUGCACAGUGGGGUGAUGCUGUCUGGAUGACAAGCCCUGUUCUAGGUGCUGUGAACAGCAAAGAAAAAAAAAAAA